AUGUUUUGGUGGAGGCUCUUCCAGGCAGCGUGUGUGCUGUCAGUGUGUGUUUGUCAACUUGCGUUUGAGGAUGAUAUGCAGGUGAACUACUCUGACACCUACUACAAUGAAAUCCUAGGAGUAGACAGAACACAGGAGAUAGAACCCACACCGACUUCUCCGCCCUGCAGUUCUCGAGACCUGACCAAGUGGGACAAACUCUUCUCGAUGCUGGAGAACAGUCAGAUGAGGGAGAACAUGAUGCUUCAGUACGCUGAGGAUAUCAUCAAGGUGGAGAUGGAGUCUCUGCGCGGAGAAAUGCUCAGGUUUGGAGGUCAGUAUGGCGGAUCGUGUGGGGUUGCCGUGGAGACAGUAGGAAGAAGGAUGGCCAUGCAGUUUGAGGCUCGCCUCAAAGAAACCAUGGAGCGCCUCAAAAUAGCAGUUCAGUCUCCUGAUGCCACCGGUGGGAAUUCUGUCGAGGAUCCCGACAACUUGGAGUCGAGUUUACAUCAGCUCCUCUCUGCAGCACGAGCACAAACUUCCCAACUCACCAGGCUGGAGACCAGCAGUACUGGAGCUGGAACGGGGAGGAAUACGAAGCCGGGAUUCCAACUCGCAGAGGGUGGAGGGGCCGGGCACCAGGAGCAGGAGUUCACGUCACGAGAGGUGGCUCUAGAAGGAGUGCUGGCUGCACUGAAACAGACGAGGGCGGAGCAGGAGGAGGCGCUGAGGUUCCAGAGCCAAAGACACCUACCUGCAGGCUGUGACAUGGCGCUCCUCUUCCCAAUGCGUUCCCGUCGAAUCUACACUGCUGUCACACCCGAGGUUCCUCUCUCCAUCUCCUCCUUCACCAUCUGCAUGUGGCUGAAGCCAACGACUCUCGCCAACAAAACCGUGCUCUUCUCCUACGGUCACCGUCGCAACCCGUACGAGAUCCAGCUGCUGCUCGGCCAAACCUCUGCGCUCUUCACCAUCGGAGGAGAGGCUCACCUGGUGGAGGCGCGAGGUGUGGUGAAGCCAGGGCAGUGGAUCCACUUGUGUGGGGCCUGGGCCUCCGAGCAGGGUCUGGCCACCCUGUGGGCGGAUGGGGAAAGGUUCGCCACCACACCUGGAGUUGCUGAGGGACACGUCUUACCGGAAAUGGGCUCCCUCCAGCUGGGCCAGGAGAGGAGUGGCUGCUGCCCCCAGUAUCAUAGCAGCGGGGGUGGCGUUUCAGGCUUUGAGGGAGGGUUCAAUUCCCAGCUGGCAUUCGCCGGGAAGAUGACGGGAGUGAAUAUGUGGGACAGGGUGCUGUCAGAGGAGGAGAUUUCCGAGCUGGCUUUGCCAAAUGGGCAGGGCUGCGAGCAGAGAGGGAACGUGGUGGCGUGGGGCAUCACGGAGAUGGUUCCUCACGGAGGAGCUCAGUUCAUCUACUAA